AUGGACUCAGGACAUACAGAGUAUCAUGUACAGAGAGAGAUUAUAGAUGAACAGAGGCUGAAAGAGCGAUCUCAGAGAAUGGACCCUUCUCAGAUCAACCUUCCCAUCGCUCAUCAGCUGAAGAAAUCACUCAGCUGUUCUACAACCAGACUGAAACGUAGCAUAGUUGGUUUCUUGCCUGUUCUGUCCUGGUUACCCCGUUACUCCAUCUGGGAUUAUGGCAUGCCAGACCUUAUCUCUGGCAUCAGUGUGGGCAUCAUGCACCUUCCACAAGGAAUGGCAUAUGCUUUGCUGGCCUCGUUGCCUCCAGUAUUUGGACUCUACACAUCCCUCUAUCCUCCAUUAAUUUAUUUUAUUUUUGGGACCUCCAGACACAUAUCUGUAGGCACAUUUACCAUCCUCAGUAUUAUGAUUGGCAGUGUGACAGAGAGACUGGCCCCUGAUUCAAAUUUCCUUAUUCACAAUUGCACUAAUGUGACUGAGAAGGUGGAUAUCGUAUCUAGAGACUUCUACAGAGUGCAGGUUGCUGCUGCUGCCACUGUACUGGGAGGACUUAUUCAGUUUGUAUUAGGGUUGGUGCAGUUUGGGUUUGUUGGUACGUAUCUCUCAGAGCCUUUGGUCAGAGGUUAUACCACAGCUGCCUCUACUCAUGCUGUAGUAGCCCAGUUAAAGUACAUCCUCGGAGUCUCACCUAAGCGCUUCAGUGGACCGCUGUCUAUUGUCUAUACUUUAGCAGACUUGUUUAUGCUGUUGCCAGAGACUCAUCUCCCAACUCUGCUGGCCAGUGUUGUGUCCAUUGUGGUUCUCAUCACUGCCAAAGAGCUUAACACUGCGCUCAGGCAAAAACUGCUGGUGCCUAUUCCGGUGGAGCUCUGCACUAUUGUAAUGGCGACAGUAAUAUCAUUCUACACUCGUCUGAAUGAAACCUAUAAGAUAUCAGUUGUUGGUGAGAUCCCAAGUGGACUUCAGCCUCCCAGCAUUCCAAACGCCAGUGUCUUUUCUGAGGUGGUGUUGGAUGCUUUUGCCAUGGCCAUUGUUGGUUAUGCAAUUUCUAUUUCUUUGGGCAAAACCUUCGCUCUCAAACAUGGUUACAAAGUAGACAGCAACCAAGAGCUGGUGGCUUUGGGUCUCAGUAAUACAGUUGGAGGUUUUUUCCAGUGUUUUUCAGUUUGUGCUUCAAUGUCUCGCAGUCUCAUACAGGAAAGUACAGGAGGCAAGACACAGAUCGCAGGAGUAGUGUCUGUUGUAAUAGUACUGGUGACGGUACUAAAGUUAGGCUCCCUUUUUCAAGAGCUGCCCAAGGCAGUUCUUGCUGCUAUUGUAUUUGUGAAUUUGAAGGGAAUGUUCAAGCAGUACUACGACAUAGUCACACUGUGGCGUAGUAGUAAGAUUGAUCUGUUGAUCUGGUCGGUGACAUAUGUGUCCACUGUGCUCUUUAAUUUGGAUAUGGGUCUUGGUGCCUCCAUGGGUUUUGCUCUGCUGACUGUUAUCUUCAGAACUCAGCGGCCCAGUUACUCACUGCUGGGACACCUCCCUGGCACUGAGCUGUAUCUAGAUAUGGAGACACAUAAGGAGGUAAGGGAGGUACCAGGUAUCACCAUAUUUCGCUCUUCUGCCACCAUGUACUUCGCUAAUGCUGAACUUUAUCUUGAGGCCCUUAAAAAAAAGAGUGGACUGGACAUCGGGAAAAUGCUCACCUAUAAGCGCAGACAGGAGGCCAAGCAGAGACGCAGAGAGAGGCGAGCAGAGCGAAGAGCCCGAAGAGAGGCUAAAAGACAGAAAAGAGCUUUCAGGGAAGCCUCUCAGCGAUCCAAAAAAGCUGUAUUUUCAGUGGAAGAGGAAGCAGGGCAGUUGAAGGAAACGAAUGGAGACAUACACAGAGAGGUAGAGCUUAGCUGGAGAGAACGGAAAAACAGUACAGUGUUUGUAAUACCUGAGACAGCAAGGACAUCUGAUGGCCAUCACACCUGGAUGUACCUUAAGGGCACUGACCCUGACACCGCCACCCUGGGGUCAGUGUCAGAUCUACAUGAUGGGGACACCACCACUCUGGACUCCAGCAGCGAGGACACUUUAAGCCGGGACCUAGAGAGGGUUUCUCUGGGAUCCCUGGGGAAGUGGACCUGGGACAUCCAUUCCAUCAUCUUGGAUUUCUCCACUGCUAACUUUAUUGAUACUGUUGCCAUUAAGACAUUAAGAAAUAUAUUCCAUGAUUUUGGCGAGAUUGGCGUGGAUAUCUACUUGGCAGGCUGUCAAGCACUGGUGGUGGAACAGCUUGAACGUGGUGGCUUCUUCUCUGAUGUCAUCACUGAAGGACGUGUCUUUGCUACUGUACACGAUGCAGUUCUGUAUUGUCUCAAGCAUCGGGGAGCUGACAUCGUCCACAGCUAUGAGAAUGCUCUGGAUAUGACUGGGACCCAACUAUGAUAGAAGUCAUCUGAUUUCUUCUUCUACAAGCCCUUUCGAUUUUAUUAAAGCUAUAUAAAAAAACUAAACCUCUUCAUGAAGUUCCAAAUAGAAUUUGGCUCGGGAGUUGACGCUAAUGAAACAUCUGUUACUUCUUUUUUUCUCAUUUGAUUAUAAAACAGGCUUUUAAAUUUAUUUAAUAUGUUUGUGUUGCAUUUUUUUUUUUUUUUAACUGGUGAAGUAUUUUUAUGAAUUAUACAGAUACCAUUUUAUGAGAAUUUGUUUGCAAAAUGUCAAAUGUUAAAAUAGAAAAUGCAAUGUUAGAUUGUUUGUUUGUUUUAAAGAAAACAACCUAGUCUCUGAUUGGUCAGUUUAAUUUAUUUGACAAAGUGAUUCUGUGCAUUUUAACAGCAACAAUCAAUACAACAAAUAAAUAAAAUAAGUUAACCUCA